UCGUCGCGCCAGCGCGCGCGGCGUUUGCUCGCCGUUUUUUUUCUCGUUUCAUUCCCUCUCGUUUUCGUCACGUCUCUCUUUCGUUCUGUCGCGCCGAUGACGCGCCGCGCGAAAACGCGCGCCCACCCGCGGUCGAGCGCGCAAAACGUUACGCGCGCGCGCACGCGAACAGUUGCACGAGACAAUACACGCUCACCGCCUAGACGAACCACAUACGACUUCGCUCUCCGACCAAGUGGGCCCGCCAACACGUGCAGCGCGCGAUGAUUUCACUGGAAAAGAUACCGUCGGGAUGCGAGGCAUUUUUAUCGGAUUUGGAUAAAUUGCCGUGCAUGCAAAUUGGGGAAUUCAAGCUCCGUUUAGAACUGGACGACGACUUGUCACCAGAGUUGUUGGAAGUGGCUGUCAAAGAACUCAGAGAAACUCCCGAGCAGCAAGAAAAAUCGAUCGCUGAACUGAAAGAAUUACUCAAAAAGGACAGUGAUCUAAAAGCGCCCAUAGACAACAGAGCGUGGCUUAUUCGCUUUCUUCGUCCAACGAAAUACUAUCCGGAGAGCGCAUACAAGCUGAUCAAACAAUACUAUCAAUUCAAAGUGAAACACUCGAAUAUAUACGAUGGCCUAUCGCCCAAGACUGAGAAAAACAUUUUCGAUCACGACAUACUACAUGUAUUACCUAAACGUGACCAAGGCGGCCGCAGGAUUUUAGUCAUCGAAUUAGGAAAGAAAUGGAAGCACAAGAAGUGCACGUUGGACGAAGUGUACAAGGGAGCUGUGAUAUUCCUCGAAGCAGCCAUAAUGGAACCAGCCACCCAAGUAGCCGGAGCCCAAGUCGUUUUUGACAUGGACGGUUUGUCAUUGCAACAGACUUGGCAGUUUAGCCCACCGUUCGCCAAGAGGAUUGUCGACUGGCUUCAAGACGCUGUUCCUGCGCGAGUCAAAGGAAUCCACAUUGUCAACCAACCGAUUCUGUUCAACGUCGUCUUCAAUUUCUUCAAACCAUUCCUGAGGGAAAAAUUACGGUCGAGGAUUGUCUUCCACGGUACCGACAGGGAGUCUUUGCACAAACACUUAUACCAACCAUGUCUACCGGAAUGCUACGGUGGCACUUUGGACGUACCUCGUAUUACCGGACCUCAGUGGCAUGAACUACUGGUAACAGUAGAAAAAGAAUUUGACGUAUUAAACAAUUACGGUUAUGGAAAAUGAUUCCAGCCAACAACGUCCAGCAAUAUCAACAAAGACAAAAUGAAGCCUUCCACGCACGUCUUCAAUAAUUUAAAAAACAAAAAAAAAAUUUUAUUAUUUUGGUGUCUGUCGAUCAUUUAUAUAGAAAACCCCUUAUUUUUAUUAUAUCAAACAAAUAAAUUAUUAUAGUUUUAAGAUUAAUUUUAGCCAUGCCGAUGAUUUCCAUCUCUUUAGGACUUAUAUAUAGUACCUAUAUAGAUAGAAUUAUAGAAAUGGCAUAUGUUAUAUAAUGUACCUACUCAUCGUAUACCAUAUUGUUUGGUAUGUAAAUUAUUUAUUCUUUAAUUACCUACCUAUAUUAUUAUAUUUAUUUAUUAACAACAAUUUUACUUUUUUAGUACUCAUUCACUUGUUAUACAUAUUAUUUGUUGUAUCGAAGUUCACUCGAUUCUGUAAGAAAAAAAUCGUAAAUAUAUAUGCAUACAUAAUUUAAAUACCAUAAUAAUUAUUCGUAUUUAACAGUGCAAUUUUUUAUAUUUUAAAACAAUUUUAUUCUCUAUGUGGUUUUAAGAAUUAUUAUUCUAUUAAAUGCUAAUUGCUAAAACAAGUGUAUACUACGUAUUAUUUAUUAACUUUGAUUACUUAUGGUGCAGCGCCAGCUAAUUUAUGUUUUGAAAAUAUAUUAAAUAUAUUAUUAGUACUUAUAUUAA